UCCAGCGGAGGGAUAUGGUGCAUAAUAAUCAAGAGGGAGGAGCCAAAGUGCUUCGAAAUGCUGGUGGAGAGAAAAGGAAGACUCUUACGGAGAGUUCCGGUCUGCGUGCCUAGUUCCGUUUUCUGUUUGGUAUCUCCACGUAAGAUGUCUGGGGAAUUCGCUAAAAGCUUAGGAAAAGGAAGCCCUGCUCCAGGGCCAGUGCCUGAAGGAAUCAUCCGUCUCUACAGUAUGCGUUACUGCCCUUUUGCACAGAGAACACAACUCGUCUUGAAAGCCAAAGGAAUUGACCAUGAAAUUGUUAAUAUCAAUUUGAAAAACAAACCAGAGUGGUUUUUUGAGAAGAGCCCAUUUGGAAUGGUACCUGUGCUAGAAACAAGCAAGGGUCAGCUGAUCUAUGAAUCUCCAAUCACUUGUGAAUUUUUGGAUGAAGCCUACCCAGAAAAGAAGUUGUAUCCUGUGGACCCUUAUGAAAAAGCUUAUCAGAAAAUGCUCCUGGAACAUUUCUCCAAGCUACCUCCAAUAAGCUACAAGUAUAUUCUGGCUAUCAAGAGUGGGGAAGAUGCAUCAGCACUGAAGAAUGAGUACCAGGAAAAGCUUUUCAAGCUUGAAGAGAUUCUUGCAAACAACAAAACUAAGUUCUUUGGUGGAAAUUCAGUAUCCAUGAUUGAUUAUCUAAUCUGGCCAUGGUUUGAACGGAUGGAGGCCUUCCUGUUACUUGAAUGUUUGGACCAUACUCCAGUGUUGAAAUGCUGGGUUGAUGUGAUGAAGCUAGAUCCAGCUGUUCAGGCUAUAAUAACUGAUCCUCAAACCUUUAAGGGCUUCCUUGAACUAUAUUUGAAGAAUAGUCCUGAGGCCUGUGACUAUGGGCUCUGAAAACUAUGAGAAGCUUUUUCAGUGGAUGACAUGCUAUUGCUCAGUUUUCCUGAAAUGCUUUGCUCAGUUUUUAUGUGUUUUAUGUUUUGCUAUUCAAUGAGUAAAUAACUGGACUGAAAUGGGAAUUAUCUGCAAUAAAUGUUUCCCUUUCAAAAGGAAAAUACCCAACAUUGGUCAGGAAGAAAACCUUUGUUUACCCUUUUUGGUGUACCAAUCACAAUGGCAGUGUUGACUUUUUUGCCUUCUUUAUCAGUUUAGGAUAGACAUCAGUUUGGCUUUGUCCCUGUUUGUGAACUGAUUAUUGCCUUUCCGGAAUAAAAACACUUAAAAUACA